AUGGGGCUAGACCAUCGAUCGUCUUAUCCCUGCAAGACUGUACUGCACAAGACGCAGAGGACCCACACCAGUGAAUGUUCUAGUUCGAUCUUCACGCGUGAACGGCCCCGCAUGCCACGUUAUGCCAUGCCCGAAGGCCUUUUUGCCGACCUGCACAUACAGCCUCACGUACAUGACCUAUCGGUCUUGAUCACUCGUCGAAGCAUCCAAACCAAGUUCCGCGUCUACUUCCGGCGUCACUGCCGCCUCCCCAGGAACGCAACUAGGCAGGGGAUCAGAGGGGAGGUUCUCUUUAUGCGUGCAGGCAAGCAAUGCAAAGACGCUGUAGUUGGGCUACGCGCUGGUGACCCUUUACUUAUUACUUCCAUUCUCAAGCAGUGCGUCCGUUCUUUUCUCCGGUGUUUGUCCGUUGAACCGUUGCUCUAG